CAAUGAAAGGAACUAAUCCAGGAUCUCAAAGAGGGAGAAAUUAUGGAGACUCAGUUUGCUCAUAAUCUAUUUGACAGGCGUCCCAUUCUCAAGUCCAAGACUCCUGCUGUUAAAUGGUUCAGAGAAUGGGUACCCCAAGAUGUUGUAGCAACUGGCGGCAAGUGCUUUCUUAUGAAAUGGGUAACAGAGGACACACUAAAGAAGUUGAAAGAGAAAGCAAAAGAGCCAGAGGCACCAGAACCAGAACCAGAGCCGACAACUGAAGUUCUUUUCCUUUGUAGCUAUGAAGGAUGUGGAAAGACCUUUAUUGAUGCUGGUGCUUUGAGAAAGCAUUCUCACAUCCACGGGGAGAGACAAUAUGUUUGCCACUAUGAAGGAUGUGGAAAGAAAUUUUUGGAUAGUUCAAAAUUGAAAAGACACUUUCUCAUUCAUACUGGAGAAAGAGAUUUUGUAUGUCCUCAUGAAGGCUGUGGUAAGGCAUUUUCCCUAGAUUUCAACCUAAAAUCUCACAUGAAAACACAUUCACAAGAAAAUUAUCAUAUCUGUCCAUACGCAGAUUGUGGAAAGAGAUAUGCUCAUGAAUACAAGUUAAAGAACCAUAUUUCAUCUCAGCAUGAAAAGAAUCCCACAGUGGAAGUUGUAAAAUAUACAACACCUCCAGAAAAGAUAUCUAAAACUCCAAAGCCUCCAGCAGGGGUUUAUGGCUCUGGAUCAUUGGACCGCCCUUAUGCUUGUCCAUACGAUGGGUGUGAAAAGGCCUACAUUCAUGAAUAUAAGCUCAAACUCCAUCUGAGGAGAGAGCAUCCUGGCCAUAUGUCAGAGGAGAAUGCUGAGAAUGCGACACUUAAUGCUGAUAAUGAGAUGGAUGAAGGUAGUGAUCAAGAUGCUUAUGGAAAACGUGUAAAUGUCAAAAGUCAGAAACAGCAAGGCAGGUCAAAGCCAAACUUGAAGAUGCCUCCUGCAAAAAUGAGACGGCGUAAAGGUUUGAGCCCCUCACCAGCCACUCUGAAUGUUGUGAAAAAGCCAUGGCUUGUUAAAGAACAAACAUUUGAAGAAGAUAGUGAAGAAACCGAGGAAGAACGAGACAAUGUUGACGAUGGAUGGAGGUAUGGAGAUAACAACGAGGAUGAUGAAGAGACAGAAUAUGAAGACUAAAACGAAAAUGUUUUUGCAUUUUCCUUGGCCUUAUAAAACAUCUUUCCUUGUAACCAGUUCGUCCUUCACCAGGAGCUGUGCAUCAGCAUUUUCAGUUCAUUGCAUAUAAACAUGUACAGUUAUAUUAGUACACUGGGGAUACAGUUAUAACCAAUUCUUUCCUUCAGUGAAGUGCUUUGAUAUUGUCUCAUGUCUUACUUUGUGGGAUUUUAGAUUUAGAUUUGGGCAAUAUUCAGAGUAAAUUCAGAAGAUUAUAACUUGUUUUAGCAGGUUAGCACUUUAUGUUGUAAUCCUUGAAGGGUUGUAGUAAAGCUAAAAGUGAAUAUCUCAUAGCACUA